AUGUCGACGCCUGGACGUAAACGUGUUCAACCAAUUUUAAUCGAUGAUGAUGAUGAUGAUGAUACUGAAUUAACUAGUAAUGAGAUUCUUAUUUCUUCAUCAUCAUCUAAUAUUAAUAUACAAGAUAUUACAUCUUCUCUUCCAACAUCAAUUGAUAUACGACAAUCAAUUAAAAAAAAUCUCUAUGUUGCAUUAAAUUUUGAUGAAUUAUCUUAUAUAAGAAAUGUUCAAACAAAUAGUGAAUUUGCAACAUUACUUUAUGAUUUUAAUUUAUAUAAAAAUGUUGUUAAUGGUCAUAUAUGUUUUUCAUGUCGAAAAGUAAAAUUUUCUUUAUUAAAAACAAGUUUUCGUUGUGAAAUAUGUUUACAACGUAUUUGUUCAAAAUGUCAACGUCAAAUAAAUUAUCAUCAUAAUAAUAUUUGUUUUAUUUCAUUAAAUUUAUUACGACGUUCAUCAACAACAAUAACAACAUCAUUUACAAAUAAUAUGAUAAUAAAACAAAAUGAAACAACUGAUUUCGAAUCAUCAUUAUCAUCAUCAACAAUAAAUAAAUAUAAAAAAUUAGAUAAGAAAAAAAUUUUCAAUAAUAAUUUUACAUGUUGUAUUGAUUGUUUCAUACUAUUUGAUCCAUCAUCAAUUGUAUAA